GGGCCAGCAGGCGAUUCUUCGCACAAAAUUUCAGUCAGUUUUCAGCAUCGGAUUCUUCGCGUAGCAGGUCCUGUCUGCCGUUCCGCGUCGUCCACACUGUGUCCAUCCAUCCACUGUCUGUCUAUCGUCGGGCGGUCCCCUCUUUUCUUCCGUGUCGCGUCGUGUGUCUGGUUGAGCACAGUUUUCCUCUCUCUGUGGUGGGUGGUUUUUUGGUUUUCAUUUUGGAGAGUGCAAAUUUUGGGGAAAAACGCAGCCUCCCGGAAAAUCUGCUGGGAAAUUACGUGAUAAAAGCGCUUGUGAAACAUGCUGCAAUAAGAGAGAGAGAAAAAUAUUAAAAUAAGAGUUCGGUGCUACCUGUGAAGCAGCAGAAGAAGAAGAUCGAGUCGCGCCGUGAAUGACGACAGAUUUUUCUGUGGAAAAAAAAGGGUUGAGGAAGAGGUGAGAAAAAGGUGCGAAAAGUGAGCCCCAACCAAGGCUGUGAAAGAUAAGCCUCUCCAAAGUGUGUGUAAAAAAAAGUUAUUGCGUGACAGGAAAAUUCUUGCAAUCGAGGCAGAGAUAACCCAUUCAGUACAACGUCAGAACCAGCUGGAACAGAGAUAAAGAGUUGCAUGUGAAACCGCGUCAUCCGCCCCGCCAGUCAGAGAGUCUCAAGACGGAUCAACCGCAGUGCAUCAGCAGCAGCAGCAGCAAUCCCCCGGCAGAGUGUAGUGGCCACCAGCCCCCAACCUCCUGCCCUGCCCAACCUGCUGCUGCUCCAUCCUCUUCUCCAGCUGGUGAAAGCAGCAGUACUGGAGACGCCGCCGCCCCAACAGGAACAACAAAAAGUCGCAAGCGCAAACUGCAGGAAACCGCCAUGUACAAGAUGCCCGAGAUUAAGCCAAUUCCGAUGCAGUCCCUGCCCCACUCGGACGGUCAGCAGCAACGGCAGCCCAAGACGACGCCGAUUACGGACGAUUACGAGAUCUCCAACACGGUGCUCGGGCUCGGCAUCAACGGGAAGGUGGUUCAGUGCACCAACCGGAAGACCGGUGCCAAGUAUGCACUUAAGGUCCUCCACGACAACGCCAAGGCCCGGCGCGAGGUGGAGCUGCACUGGCGCGCCAGCGGCUGCCGGAACAUCGUAAACAUCAUCGACGUGUACGAGAACAGCUACAGCGGCAACCGGUGCCUGUUGGUCGUCAUGGAAUGUAUGCUCGGUGGCGAACUGUUCCAGCGCAUCCAGGAACGCCAGGACGGACCAUUCACCGAACGAGAGGCCGCCCAAAUCAUGCAUGAGAUCUGUGUCGCUGUGAAAUACCUGCACGAUUCCAACAUUGCACAUCGGGACCUCAAGCCGGAGAAUCUGCUGUACACGUCGCCCCACCCGAACGCCAUCCUCAAACUGACCGAUUUUGGCUUCUCGAAGGAAACGUUCGUCAAGGACACGCUGCAGACGCCCUGCUACACGCCGUACUACGUCGCGCCGGAGGUCCUCGGGCCGGAAAAGUACGACAAGAGCUGUGAUAUCUGGUCGCUCGGCGUCAUCAUGUACAUACUACUGUGCGGCUUCCCGCCGUUCUACUCCAACCACGGGCUGGCCAUCUCCCCGGGAAUGAAGACCCGCAUCCGGACCGGCCAGUACGACUUCCCGAACCCCGAGUGGCAGAACGUGAGCCAGGCCGCGAAGGAUCUCAUCAAGGGCAUGCUCAGCGUCGAGCCCGAGAAGCGGCUGACCAUCGAUCAGGUCAUGAAGAAUCCGUGGGUUCGGUUGUACAUGGAAGUGCCCCAGACGCCACUGCACACCGAGCGAGUGCUGAAGGAGGGUGAAGAGACCUGGCCGGAGGUGCAGGAAGAGAUGACCCGAUCGCUCGCCAACAUGCGAGUGGAUUACGAUCAGAUGCACAUCAAAAACCUGGACAGCUCAAACAACGCCCUGCUGAACAAGCGAAGAAAACGGGGCGAAACGGACGCCAAGGUGAAGAACUAAGCCGGAUCGGAUCCGAUUCUUCCGGAACACCAAGAGGUUUGUCGUACAUAACCUAUAAACCUGUAUUUAUUGACAAAAGGGCCACGGGGGGCGACGUUCCGCUCGCUCCCCGGGGGUCUCCGCUGGAAAGGUUAAGAUUAGAAGAUUGGAGGCGACGAUGCAAUUACGAGUUGGCCAAAUUUCGCGCGCGUGCGAGACAGCUGAGAAAUAGCUAGUGGGUAAGAGUGAGAGAGAGAGUGAGGAGAGGAUUUGACAAUAGCAUUUUGUCGUCGUGCGCGGAUAGUCGGAUGUCGGAGAUCAUUGUAUUUGUACGGUUUUUUAUUUACAAUUCCCGCGCCCCCUCGUUUUUAAAGACGUAACCGAAGAUGUGUUUUUUUUUCGAAUUAAGUUUUUUUUAACUACCAAAUAAGGUAGACAGGCACUACUUUUUAUCGAUACGUAAGACAGUUUAAGAUUUAAAGCAAGAAAAACAAUUUCCAGAGCGAGUAGCGAACAACAAUAGCAUCACUGUAGCUGAACCUAGUGUUAGUCUUUACUUUUAGGUUUAAUGAAACAAUCAUUUUCAACUUCCCAAUCAGGUUUAACAAGAGAAAUGAGGAAAUUUUAUUUCGCUGUUACCGACUUUUUUUGAGUAAUGCUCAAACAAGUUAUAGAAAACAAACAGCCAACCACAGACAAACAAGCAAAACAAACUUAUACAACGAUAAACACGCAAGCCACAGUUCAAUUCCAGAGAUGUUGAGACAAAAAAAAAGAGAUAAUCUUUCCUCCCUCCUCCCCCGCAAACAUGUCAAUCUACUACUUAGAGAAAAAAAAACAAAAAAGCUAGAACAAGCAAACAAACGGUUGUAACACUAUUCUCCCCCUGUCAGUCCCACAAUCACGCCACAAUUUAAACUAGUAGAAGUGCAAAACAAACAAAAAAUAGUCACCACAUGACUUACCCUUACAGAGAGUUGUUAGAUCGCAGCUUGGUUCUCUUUUAAACUCUAACGAUUGGCUUUUCUCGCGCGGAUCACCGGACUAGGGAAAGGUAAAACAAAAUUCCAUCCAGUUUUUGACACAUAAACGGCGAAACACCCACAAAUAAAAAAAACAGAAAAUCACACAUUAAGGAGCGAUAUAUUUACAGAAGAAGAAAAAGGUUUGGCUUUUGCGCGUUGAAACUUUUGUGUUUUCGAACAAAUCAAAUCAAUCUAGCGAAAGUAAUGCAAAUUAAGCAAACAAAAAAAAACAGCAAACGUAGCAACAACACAAAGUUCGUCCGGGUGAACUGAACACUCUAUACAUAAUGAUGAAAAAUACUAUAUAUUAAAGAAAGAGAAACUAUGGAACUACAGAACGAUUGAGGUAUUUAUUUCGCAUUUUGUUCCCUUGCUCCUCCCCGUGUCAUAUACCUUAAUUACAAAAAGAAAACUUGAAAAGUUUAAACAAAAUACGUUUCCCCUUUACACAACUUUCCAAACCCCCUCCUCCCCAGGCGGAAGCGGAAGAAGACACUGAGAUUGAUUGUGCAAAUGCUCGAAGUAAUUAAAAGUGCGUAAAACAAUUUAAAAAAACACAGAGUAACAGAGAAACAGGAAUUGCAUCACAUACGCCCGGCCCGAGUGGUUUAAGAGAGACAAAAAAAAAUGCAGACGGUGCUGCGCGUUAAUAUAUAUAAUAUAUAUACUUUAAAAAAAACUAAACGUAAAAAGAUAAAUCCAGAGAAGGGAUUUGAGUGAGCAUGAUGUAAGCAAAGAGCAGGAUGCCUUUUUUAUUUUAAUUGUUGGUUUUUUGCUCCACCCUUGAACAAAAAAAACGAGGUUGCGGAAAAUAUACUGUUAAAGCGAUUAAA